AUGGCCAGCGCAGCGGCCAACUUGAACAACACCGCCAACGGGAACGGCGGAAACAGCGGGAACGGCGGGAAUAACUCUCUCAAGAAGCGGAGGAAGGGCACUGACCUUUGGCCCAUUGUCACAAACGAGGCGGUUCCAUCUUCUGUGAUCGUUGAGCCCAUUUCUGGCCCCACCAUGCUCUCGCCGGCAUCUAAACAUCCAGGGGCUUCUAUCAAUACCCAUACACUUAAAACUAACUACGGCUCCCCCCUCUCCCUCUCCCCUUCCUCCUCCUCUACUGAAGACCCCGAAGAAGAAGACUUAAAGGACUACUGCGAGGGUGGCUAUCAUCCCGUCUAUCCCGGCGAAACCUAUAACGAAGGUCGCUACAUCGUCCUCCGCAAGCUAGGAUGGGGCCAUUUCUCGACCGUUUGGCUGUCGCGCGAUACUACAAAUGAGAGACACGUUGCCUUGAAAGUCGUGCGAUCGGCUAAACACUACUCCGAAACGGCUAAUGAUGAAAUCAAACUUCUUAAGAAAAUCGCAGAGGCUAACCCGAGCCACCCUGGGCGGAGGCACGUCGUUAGCCUUUUGGAUGACUUUGUACAUUAUGGACCCAAUGGCGACCAUGUUUGUAUGGUGUUUGAGGUGUUGGGCGAAAAUCUGCUCGGGUUGAUUAGGCGCUGGAAUCAUCGCGGCAUCCCCAUGCCCCUGGUCAAGCAGAUUACGAAGCAGGUCCUGCUAGGCUUGGAUUACCUGCAUCGCGAGUGUGGCAUUAUCCACACCGAUCUGAAGCCAGAGAAUGUUCUGAUCGAGAUUGGCGACGUCGAGCAGAUUGUGAAAUCUUUUGUGAAGGAGGAAGAGUCUAAGAAGGAAAACAAGGAGGAUUAUCGCAGUGGACGACGACGACGAAGAACCUUGAUCACCGGUAGCCAACCGCUUCCAAGCCCGCUCAAUGCCAGCUUCAGCGGUUGCGACCCUUUCCGCACCCACGCCACGAAUCAAAGCACUCAUGGCAGCCUCGACCAUAUUUUAAAUAAUACAUCUGCUUCACCAAGCACAUCCAAUCUCUCCAUGAAAGAUCGACUGGGGAUUAAAGAUCAGGAGUCGCUGGAGGAUGGAAAGCAGAAGCAGAGGGAAAAGACAACAGACAUUUUGGAACGGGAGGUCUCGGGUAUAUCCCUUGAUAAGAACUCUACACCGAAGACUCCAAAUGACGAAGACAUGGAGAUCUCAGUGAAGAUUGCGGAUCUGGGGAAUGCAUGCUGGGUCGAACAUCACUUCACGGACGACAUCCAGACGAGACAAUACCGCUCGCCGGAGGUUAUACUUGGCGCCAAAUGGGGUGCCAGUACCGACAUAUGGAGUAUGGCGGCAAUGGUAUUCGAACUCAUCACGGGCGACUACCUCUUCGAUCCGCAAUCAGCUGCCAAAUACGAUAAGGAUGACGAUCACAUAGCCCAAAUAAUUGAACUUCUCGGGCCUUUGCCCAAAUCCCUCUGCUUCUCCGGUGAACGGAGUAAGAAUAUCUUUAACCGCAAGGGCCAAUUGCUUAAAAUCCACCGACUCCGCCACUGGGCGCUCCCGGACGUCCUCACAGAGAAAUACCGCUUGUCCCUGGAGGAGAGCAAAGCUCUUUCCGACUUCCUCCUGCCGAUGCUUGAGCUGUUGCCUGAGCGCAGAAAAAAUGCGGGAUGUAUGUCGAACCAUCCGUAUCUGGAUGGUACGAAGGGGAUGGAGAAUGUACAUCUAAAAGACAUCAAUGUCGGGAGUCGUGGGGAGUUCAUAGAAGGCUGGGCACAAGUGGUUAAAAGGAAAAAGCAUAACGUGGUAUGA